ACAGAUAUAAACAGUAAACACUGUUGCAGUGCGAAGUGGGAAAUAGUUUGAGGAGUGUAAAUAUUGCAGUACAACAAAAAGUGUAGAACGGCAAAUACUGCAAAGUGCAAAGGUGAAACGAAGUCUUUAGAUGCCAACCGCUGCUAGCAAGGAGGAAAGGAGCAAAAUAUGUAAAUAAACACUACAACAUAAAUUGUGAGGCUCCAUUGUACUGGAAGUGUGAAGAUGGACGAUGUAUACAGACCAGAUUCAAAUGUGAUGGGAACAAUGAUUGUGGAGACUGGUCAGAUGAAAAGGAUUGUAAUGCAUCCAAGGUAUCCGAUGUGCAAAAGGUCUGCAGUGAUGAGGAUUUUGCAUGUGGUGAUGGCACCUGCAUUCCAGAUAGCUGGGUGUGUGAUGGCCUCAAGGACUGCCAGAACGGCAAUGAUGAAGUUUUGGGCUGUUCUAGAAAGUUAGAUUGUGGCAAAGACUUCCUAUGCUCCAACCACCACUGCAUUCCCAAGGCCUGGGAGUGUGAUGGCAACAAUGACUGUGGGGAUAACAGUGAUGAAGUAAACUGUAAGCCAAAAUAUGUUACUGAGGGCUGCAUGUUGAACAAGAACUUAUUCGGGUGCCAUGACCAGUUGAAAUGUGUCGAAAUUUCCGAAGCCUGUGACGGAACCCCGCACUGCUUGGAUGGUUCGGAUGAAAGCCCCAUGUGCCAGAAAAGCAAAGCUCUGUGCCCCAACCAGGGCUGCAGCUUCAGAUGCCAACCAACACCCAGUGGACCUGUCUGCAUUUGCCCGAUGGGCUUCAACCUGGUUAAUGAAAAGUACUGCACAGACAUUGAUGAGUGCAAGAUGUACGGCAUAUGCCCCCAGAAGUGCAGGAACACACAUGGCAGCUAUGAGUGUUUCUGUGACCAGGGCUACACUUUGCAAAGUGAUAACCACACCUGCACUGUCAAUGAAGGAGAAGCUGUCUUGCUGUUCUCUACGAAAACUGAAGUUUGGGUGUAUUUCAUGCGGAACGAGGUGUACAAGUUGCUGGCAGGUGGGCUGCAGCAUGUGGCAGGAGUGGCUUACGACGGGCUGAACGUCUACUGGACGAGCGUCCGCAAUGGAGAGGAGGCCAUCGUCCAGAGCAACCAUGACGGUUCCAUUACUGAUGUGCUCGUGUCUUCAGGGUCAAUGUUCUGGUCUGACUGGGGCAAGAAUCCAAAGAUUGCGACAGCUGGUAUGGAUGGAUCCUCACCACGGGCCUUCGUGCUCGGUGUGCACUGGCCCAAUGGAAUAACUAUAGACAUUGGCAACGAGCGCUUGUACUGGGUGGAUGCCAAACUGAAGUCAAUAGAAUCUGUCAACUUGGAUGGCAGUGAUCGCAGGGUAAUUCUGGAAACUGCUGUGAAGCACCCAUUCUCGAUUGCAGUCUUCGAGAACACCCUAUAUUGGUCGGACUGGGAAGACCGGCAGAUUGCCUCAUGUCACAAGUUUACGGGGAAGAACUACAGAGUCAUCUUACGCUCACUCAAAAGCCACAUUUAUGGAAUAAAGGUCUACCACCCUGCCCUCCAUCCAUUGAUGGAGAAUCCCUGCAAAGAUGCUACCUGCAGUGAUAUUUGUAUGCUGGCCCCUAACAACUCUUACACAUGUGCCUGCCCUGUGGAAAAGGAACUUGGUUUUGAUCAGCAUUCAUGCAGAGUUGUUCUGAAGAAGGAAGUAGUGGUGGCAGUGGCUGGGAACCGCAUAAUCAAGGUGGAGCAUCAGCUGCUGGGCCGGCACACUCAGUCAGUUGUGCCGGCCAAGAGCAUCCACCAUGUCAGUGCAGUCGUCUACAGCUCCGUGGAUGAUGUGCUAAUAAUGAGCGAGAGUGAAGAGAAGAAAUUGUUCUCAAUGGCGAUGUCUACUAAUUUAAUUAGACCACUUCUCGAGAAAGGAAUUGGGAGGAUUACGAGCUUGUCAUACGAUUCGUAUGGUAACAAUGUGUACUGGAGCGAUGCUGAGCUCGCAACAGUGAGUGCGAUGAGCAUGAACACGAAGACUGUGGCUGUGUUGUUAAGAAGCACGGGGGCUGAACCGCCACUGAGUGUAGCCGUCGUCCCAGAUCAGGGAUACAUGUUUGUGGCUUUCGGUUCGUCUUCACAUGUGCAUGUGGACAAGAUCCUGAUGGACGGUUCUGGACAGCGCGUCCAUGUGCUGGAGGAAGUGUCGGGGCCCUAUGUGACACUCUGGUACGACAGCAGCCUGGACAGAGUCUUUGUGGCAGAUUCAGGGAUGAACACCAUAGGAAGUCUUGCCUCUGAUGGUAUUGACCACCACAUCUUCAAGAGGCUGUCGGGGUCUCCGACGUCAGUAACUGCUCUGGGGCAGGAUCUGUUCUGGACCAUCCACGGCCAGCGCAGCUUGUACUGGGCCAACAAAUUCGAUGGUGCUUCCAAAGUGAAGAAGAUUGACCUUAUGGCUGUGGAGGACACUUACCACGUAGUGCUGACGGCUGUGAGGGGAGUGGCAUUUCUGCCGUACCAUCCGUGCCAUCAGGGGAAUGGUGGCUGCAGCCACCUGUGCCUCGUGAGGGGGCAGAAGCAGGUGUGUGGCUGUCCCGAGGGCAUGUUGCUGCAGGAUAACGUAACGUGCCUCGUGCCAGCAGGGUGCAGGGCAGACGAGUUCCACUGCGAACGUGACAAGUGGUGCAUACCUGCCUCUCACAGAUGCAAUGGUGUAAAUGACUGCCCGAGUGGAGAGGAUGAGAAAAACUGCAAAGUGUGUUGGGAGCACGAGUUUGCCUGCAGUAACGGGCAAUGUGUGCCUCUGGAGGGGAAAUGUGAUGGCAUUGUGCAGUGCUCAGAUGGGUCAGACGAACGGGAUUGUGAAGUUGGGAUAUGUGACACAGAGACAGAGUUUGAGUGUAGAAAUGGAAGGUGUGUAGCUCAGAGCUUACGGUGUGACCUCACAGAGGACUGUAAUGAUGGCUCUGAUGAAGAAAACUGUGACAAAGUUAUAUGUGGAGAAUCGGAGUUCAGGUGCCAUUCCGGAGCUUGCAUACCGGACACCUGGGAAUGUGAUGGGGAAGUGAAUUGCCCAGACUCGACAGAUGAACAUGAGAAUUGCACGACAGCUACCUGUGAUCCCGAGGAGUUCUCCUGCAGAAAUGGAUACUGCUUGGACAAGCAGCUGGUGUGUAACCUGGUAGACGACUGUGGCGACGACUCAGACGAGAGUGAUUGCCGGCGGUCGGGUGCAAGAAUUGAAAGUGUCACGUGCAGUGAGGAAGAGUUCAGUUGCUGGUCUCGGCAGGGGCUGUGUGUUCCUCUGGGGCAGAGAUGUGAUGGCAGUGUGGACUGCCCGAAGGCAGAAGAUGAACGGGACUGUGUGUGUGCUGCAGACGAGUUCGAGUGUAAGAAUGGAAAGUGCAUCUCGAUCAGCUGGCUGUGUGAUCAGAGGGAUGACUGUGGGGAUGCCACAGAUGAGGAUCCCAGUAGGUGCAUCAGUCUGAAUACAGGGGAAGAAGAAAAAGCUGUGUGCAAAGGAUUUGAAUGUGACGCUGGCAAAUGUGUAGAGUUAGAACAGCUUUGUGAUGGCAACAGAGACUGUGAAGAUGGCAGUGACGAAGGCGGCAAAUGUGGCAAGGCUUGUGUGGGGCACCCGUGCGAUGGGGAAUGUCGGGCGACCCCAGCAGGCCCACACUGUUACUGCACGGCUGGCUACGAGCUCGGGCAGGACGGAAAGAGCUGCCACGACGUGGACGAGUGCCGAGAUCGGCCCCCAGUCUGCUCGCAGGUCUGCAACAACAGCCCAGGUAGCUUCUCCUGUAGCUGUGUUGCUGGCUUCAUGCUCCGCCUGGAUAAGGUGUCCUGCAAGGCAACAGGGCCCAUCAUGGAGUAUGUGUUGGUGACGGGAGGGGGCCAAAUUAGGAAGGUGUCGCAGUCUCUGGCCAGCGUGGAUGUGUUGCACAAGCACCAGUUCCUGAGGGUCACAGGUCUGGAUGUCGAUGCCAGGGAGUACGCCAUCUGCUGGAGCACUCGGGAAACGGCAACAAUUUACUGCCAGUCACUGAAGACCCACAACAGGACGUACGUGGAAGGGGUAGGUAACCCAACAGAGGUGGCAAUAGACUGGAUCACAAAGAACAUCUACUAUGUGAAUGAUGUGCCUGUUGGGCAAAGUGACAUACAGGUGUGCCACCUGACUGAGAAGCUCUGUGCUGUUGUGGUGACUGCCGAACGUGGCAGUAAGAUUGGCAACAUUGCAGUAGAUCCACUUGGUGGAUAUCUGUUUUGGACAGAAAUGAGCACUUUGAUAAAAAAUGGAGUGGCUGGCAGCAUUAGGAGGGCAGACCUUGCCGGAGGCAGCAGGACAGUUCUGGUGCAGUCGGGCCUUGGUUUGCUGAGUGGCCUGGCUCUGGACACGGUGCGGCGCACCAUCUACUGGACGGACACCUCCUUCCAGGUUGUAGAGUCAGCGACAUAUGACGGCGAAGAGAGGACAGCAGAGUUCACAUCGGAGGUAAAGAGACCCAAAAGGCUGGUGCUGUUUGAGGAUGAGCUCUACUGGCUGCCAGAGCAUUCGGGCUUUGUGAUGAAAUGCAAGCUUUUCGCAAAGGUAAAGAGGUGUCGGAGCAUCCACAUAAACGUCUAUGACGGAGACUACCUGACCAUCUUGCAGCAGUCACGGCAGAGAGCUGGCACGAACCCCUGCGAGCAUCACCACUGCUCCCAUAUGUGCGCAAUCACUCCUCAAGGUGCCAAGUGCCUGUGUGCAGACGGGCAGAUUGUAGGUGAAAACAUCCGCUGCAAGAAUGAGGGUGCAAAGGCCUCAGAACCGCGAUUUGUCCUCCCAGGAAUUGUGGGUGGUUUGAAAACCACUACGGUUGCUGACUGGCUGAGUGAAAAGUCUGAUACCUCUGUGCUGAUAGCACUUGUGAUUGUGCUGUUGGUGGUGUGCCUGGCGGCUGUUGUGUACUACAUAUACAAGAGGCAGCUGGUCACAUUCAGGGACUUGGAUUCAAGGAUUUGCUUCAAGAAAUCUGGAUUUACUGGUAGUAGGCAACCUACAUCUGCUUCAAAAAGUGCCAGAGCUUCUUAUUCCGCUGGACAAGAGUUUGUGAACCUACUAGAGGGUGAUUUCAUCUCAGAUCGUACAGAUCAAGAGUGAAUGUGUCAAGUCACUAUUUCAAACUUUGCUUAAAAAAGAUAUGUGUUAAGUUCCACAUGGUACCUCUCCAAAACUACAAUGUUUUGAUUUUCUGAUAUUUUACAAACCUCUCUAAAUGAGAGUAUUUAUGAAAAUGUUGUAACCAUAGGGAAAAUUGAAAAAAAGAAACCAAAAGUGAUGGAGAUCAAAGUUUAUUUUCAAUAAAUAUUGUUUUUCCAAUACUAAAAGACAUAAUACACACACUUCUUAGCUUUUCAUUCUUUAAAUCAAACUACAAAAAUUUAACGUUUUGCAAAUUUCAAAAUUAUUUUGAAAAGAUGAAUAGUCACAGGAUGUUGACUGUCUUGAAAAAUGAAGUGGAAGCCUUACUAACUGUCAGCUAUGAUUUUAAUGCAUGAAAUUCUUAAACUGUCAAAAUAUU